AUGAUAUCCACUGACCGUGUAGAUGCACUCUGGACGAUUUCUCAAACAUUCACGUCUUCUUUCCAAGCGUCUUGUUCUGGUAAAGUCCUUCACCUUCACACAGGUCCUACCGACGCUCCUAUAAUCUAUGGUGUCUCUGUGCACUCCGUCGCUAGAGAAAUACAGGCUCUCAACAAGCGUUUGUCUGAAGCCACCGGGAGGCUUCCAAGCUACGAUCAAAGACAAAAUGAACUGCAACUCAAAGCAUUAGAGAAGGCGCUCGAGGAACUGCGCUCAUCGACCACAGUGAAAACAAAAUUCGCUUUUAAACGGAAGGUCAAGAUAUCAGCGUCAGCAUCAGCAGAGACCGCAACGCCACCUGCUCCAGUGAAUGCACCAGCGAUACCUACAUCAAUAAUAUCUAGUGCCUCCAGAAUGAUAUCCAACCACUCCAAUUGCUACCUCUCUAGUUCGUGCCUUUCUGGUCCCACCUCAUCCACAGAUCACAUAGGGGUGUCUAUAAUAAGAAUAUCGAGUAGCAUCUUAAAUCUUCUUACGACCACGAAUGAGUUGACUCUGUCUGCUAAUACCGUUUCCAUUUCGGCGCUUCACAUCCGCGACAUACAGAACUCAAUUCUCAUUCUAGGGACCGUCGAUGGUAGCAUCAUGUUGCACAACUUAACAAAUUGUGGUUGUUGCUGGAUGUCACCAGGUAGGUUCAGGAUGCACCAUUCUACUGCCGUAGAUGCCUAUCUUGACAUUACAUCGAAUCCUAUCAUCGAAAGCUGUGAUCAAGUGAGAUUCGGUGCCUACCCGAGCGAGUUGAAGCAACUCUGGUCACCAAAAACCAUACUGGCGAGUUCCGUUUUCUUGCCCCAGGACUUCUCGCACAUGUGCGCCACACCAUCACCCAAUUGGAGAGCGCUGGAGGAGGAUGAAUGA